GACCACAUUGAAAUGGGUCUGAAGUUGUUGUCAAACAGAACAGUGUUGCAGAUCCUCCCUCACCCUCCAGCGGGAGCAUCUCUGAUUAUUAAUAAUAAUAAUAAUAACCAACCAGCAGCCGCACCGGUGACAGAGAGUCAGUAGCGCCCAGCAGAGAGCGCCCAGCCGGCGUCCAGUGGACACGCGUCUUCCAGUGAAACAUGGCACGGUGUCACGCGCUACUGUUGUUGUUUCUCCUCUGCUCUCUUGUGCAGACAAAUGCAUGGACAACAUGUGGACCCGAGCAGUUCCAGUGUGGCAACGGGAAGUGCAUCACGGUCAGAUGGGUGUGUGACGGCACAGACGACUGCGGAGACGGCACCGAUGAACUUCCCGCUACCUGCAUGGCCAAAACCUGUCGGCCGACAGAGUUCAGCUGCGCGGAUCGCCUGAACCAGUGCGUACCGAGCACCUGGCGCUGUGAUGGAAAAGCUGACUGUGAGAAUGGCGCUGAUGAGGAGCGCUGUGUGCCGAAGCGGUGCACGAACGUGGAGUUCAGCUGCGGGAAUGGCCAGUGCGUGUCGUCCGCCUUCUUGUGCGAUGACGAGGCAGACUGCGACGACGGCAGUGACGAGGCCUCCUGCCCGCCCAUCACCUGCAGCGGCGCUUCCUUCCAGUGCAACCACGGCGUUUGCGUACCCCGCUUGUGGGCCUGCGACGGCGAUGCCGACUGCUCCGACGGCUCCGACGAGUGGCCCCAGAACUGCGGCACGACGGCGCACAACUCCGCUCCCGCUCAUCAGUGCUCAUCACUGGAGUUCCGCUGCGGCAGCGGGGAGUGCAUCCACAGCAGCUGGAAGUGCGACGGGGGAGCCGACUGCCUCGAUCAGUCAGACGAAGCCGCCUGUGCUCAUUCCACCUGCCGCCCCGAUGAGUUUGAAUGCGGCGAUGGCACUUGCAUCCAUGGCAGCCGCCAGUGCAACCAUCAGUACGACUGCCGUGACAUGAGUGACGAAACGGGCUGCGUCAACGCGACCCACUGCGAGGGCCCGAGCAGGUUCAAGUGCCGCAGUGGGGAGUGCAUAAGCAUGGAGAAGGUGUGUAACAGUCAGCGUGAUUGCAGGGAUUGGUCAGAUGAGCCUCUUAGGGAUUGUGGCUCCAACGAGUGCCUGUACAACAACGGUGGCUGCUCUCAUAUUUGCAAUGACCUGAAGAUCGGCUAUGAGUGCCUGUGUCCCUCUGGGUAUCUUCUGCUGGAGAAAACGCACUGUGAAGAUAUCGACGAGUGCGCCAACCCGGACACCUGCAGUCAGAUCUGCGUUAACCAGAUCGGCAGUUAUAAAUGCCAGUGCGAGGAGGGUUACCAAGUCGACCCGGCAACCAAAGCCUGCAAGGCCAUUGGUACAAUAGCCUACCUUUUCUUUACCAACCGCCAUGAAGUCAGAAAGAUGACUUUGGACAAAAGUGAGUACACCAGAGUAAUCCCCCGUCUGAAGAACGUUGUGGCUCUCGACAUGAACAUGGCCGCCAACGAAAUCUACUGGUCGGACAUCUCCCAGAAGAAGAUCUACAGAGUGCCGGCGAACUCGGCCGAAGACCCCGCUCAUCACCGUGUGGUGAUCGGCAGCGACAUUGAGGCUCCGGAGGGCAUCGCUUUCGACUGGAUCCACAGAAACCUGUACUGGACCGACAGCAUUCGCAGGACCAUCUCCGUGGUAGCUGCCGACAGCGGCCGCCGCAAGACUCUCUUCCACCGAGACUUAUCCAAACCUCGCGCGAUUGUGCUCGACCCCUACAGCAACUUCAUAUACUGGACUGACUGGGGGAAUCCCGCUAAGAUUGAGAAGGCGGGUCUUAACGGAGGAGACCGUACCGCUUUGGUCACUGACAACAUUGAGUGGCCUAAUGGAAUUACCCUUGACCUGUUGAACCAGCGGCUCUACUGGGUGGACUCUAAGCUGCACACCCUCUCCAGUAUCGACUCGCAGGGCGGUGGUCGACGCACCCUCAUCAUCGACGAACACAAGCUGGCUCACCCGCUGAGCCUCACUGUGUUUGAGGAGAGAGUGUUCUGGACAGACGUCAGUAACAAUGCCAUCUUCAGUGCAAACAGGCUGACGGGUGAUGACAUCACACCUGUGGCAGAGCACCUAUCGUCCCCGGAUGACAUUAUUCUCUACCAUAAUCUCAAACAACCCGCUGGGAGGGAUUGGUGCCAUGUAUCCGGGUGUGAAUUCUUGUGCCUGGCAGCCCCUCAAGUGGGCACGCAUCCCCCGAAGUACACCUGUGUCUGUCCAGAUAGCAUGAUGCUAGCCAGGGAUAUGAGGACAUGUGUACCUGCUGUGCCAACACCUGCAGCUCCCGUGCAGCCUCAAAUGCCAGAUACCGUCCCUCCUCCUCAGCCACCAAGGCCAUCCAGCAUCACACCUAAGUCCCAGAUCCGCACCACUACUAAACCCCAGGUCCGCACCACCACUAAGCCCCAGGUCCGCACCACCACUAAGCCCCAGGUCCGCACCACCACUAAGCCCCAGGUCCGCAUCACCACAGUGCCCAUCGUAAUCACCAGCACUGCGGCCGGACCAGUGCCACGCAGCACCAUGCCUCCUGUACGAACCACCACAGAUGAACCACGGCCGUCGAACCCUAAAAUACCCAAGACUACAACAGGGGCUCCAGUCACCUCUCCAGAUUUCCGUCAUGGAUUUGCUGCAGCUAUACCCAACACCGCCUCCCCCAACCUGAUCGCUCUCUAUAUUGCAUUACCUCUGGCGAUCGUUUGCCUGGUGGCUGUUGGUGGCGUGCUGCUGUGGAGGAACUACAGGCUGAAGAACACCAACACCAUUCACUUCGACAACCCCGUCUAUCAGAAAACCACCGAGGACCAAGUGCACAUUUGGAGGAGCAACAGCACGGACGGUUACUCCUACCCAAAAAGGCAAGUUGUGAGCUUGGAUGAAGAUGCAGACAAUCCAGCCUUCACAGAAAACUGAAAAAUGUCAGUGGAAAGAAGAGCCUCAAUGAUAAGCUACCUUGGAUGCCCUUUUUGUAUUAUUUCUUUACCUCACACAGCACAAAGAUACAGAGCCAGGAUCAGAACCACUAUACCCUCACGGACAGCAAGCGCUCUGCAGUGGAAAGAAAAGCGGGUGAAACCCACUUCUUUCAGGUUGCACAUGUUUUUGCACAUGUUUUUCCUGUUAUGGUUGACAAUCCAUUCCUCACCAAAUCAUACGAUGAUGGAUUCCUCAAUCUAAUUUGUUUACCUGUUAUCCCAAGUGUGACUCUGAUGAUACAACUACAGAACUGUGCCACUGCCAUAUAAUGUCUUGUUUUUCACGCAUCAGUUAAAAAAAGAAAAGAAAAAAAGGGGCCGAGCUAAAGAAAACAGUUUUUUUUUUUCCUUUCAUAGAACAUUGUCAAUGCUUGUUUAGCUUUUUUUGGCUACUCUAAAGUCUGUAUGGUCAAUAUAGAGCUACCAGAGGCAGAUGCUUAGCUUAGAUGAGCUCAGCUUAGAUGAGCUCAGCAUGGGGGAAACAGCUAGCCAUGUGAGAAUGUGUAGUUUUUACAAUUUUUUUUUGACGAGGUGUUUUUUUUUGUACAGAAUAAAUAAAUGAGAUAUAACGUGUUUAUUAAGAAUCUUUAGAGAUCCUGGUUGGCAGAUUGUAUAACUUUUGGUCAGAGCUAGGUUCUCCUUGCUUCCAGUUGUUAUGCUAAGCCACGCUAACUAGCUGUCAGGCUAGCUGUUUCCCUCUUUUUCCAGUCUUUAUGCUAAGCUAAACCAAGCUCAACUAAUCUAAGCUAAGAGUUUGGAAUCAAUCUUUCCAUUGAACUGUCUGCAGAGAAGGCAAAUAUAUUUCCAGUUUAACCAGCGUGACCUCGAUACGUCUCAAUCAUUUUGACUUGAACACCAGUCUUUGCCUCUGUAGUGGAGCAAAAACAUCACCCAAAGUGACCUAAAUACAAUGCUUCUUUGUUAACUGCAAAGAAUGCACACUGUCAGUGACUUGAUGUACACUGCGCUCUGUGAUAGCCUUGAGAUUUCACAUACCGCCAUGUGGUCACAAAACAACGUUCCUCAUUAGCAGAGUUCCUUCGAGAACUUUUUCAGCUCCAUUCUUUAAUUUGUGAUCAUAUCUGAGUGUUGGAAGGCCAUCUUUAAAUGUUCAACCCCCUAUGCUCCUCUAGACCAAAAGGAUUUAAUGCAACCACGUGUGAACAGUGGGGCCAUGUCUAAGGCCAUCCAGCCUUAGACAUGGCCCCACUGGCACACUUACAUCCUCCCUCAGGACCACAACUUGAACUUGCCUCCAGCAUUCCUGACAAAAGAAAGACAUGUGCCCGAUCAUGGUUUUCAAAAUACACAGUUCGACAGCUUUUUUAACCCCUUUAUUGUAUCGCUGACAAAUGUGUGCCUUUUUAAUGACAAAUUAUGUUCACAUGUUCAUGUUGGUGCUAUUGAACUCAGUGGAUAUGUAUCAACUCACCAUCUGUUUACAGUGCAUUAAUGGAGGGAUGUGUAAGUGUUACAUCCAGGUGAGGUUACACCCAGAAAAGACGUUAUGCGAUGUGGCUUAUGACCGUUGUGAGGCUUUUCGGUAGUGAAACUGUAUAUAAUGUAAUUUUACAGUAACCGCCUCACAGUGCAGAUUAAGUGUGUAAAUAUAGUGUUCAUACGUGUAAAUAUUUGUUGUGUUUUUUUAAUGUUUUAAACUGUUGUAAACUUUAAAC